UACGUAUAAAGAUCAAAACCUUUAUUAAUACUGGCUGAUUUGAUUCACAAUUCCAAAUUCAAAUAAACGAGUGUGUUUGUCAUAAAAAAUAAUUUGGUUGGCUUUAAAAAAUAUAAAAAGGUUGUUCAUUAUUUCCCGCCCUUUCGCCAUUUGUUCUUUCUUUGAUGUUAGGUACUUUUUGGAACUUGAAAAAUUAAAAAUUUAUAAUUGCAUUUCAGAGAAAGGCACGUGUUACAAACGGAGGGAAGAUGACAAAAGAAGAUGAUCCCUCUCUACGGACAAUAACUCGCAUCUUCACUAUAGCCAAAUGGUUCGGAAUACCAACGUACGGGAACAAGAUAGCUUUUGUAUGGGCCAUCGUGUUAUUGAUUAUGUUGUUUGCAAUUGAAUUUGCAGCUAUAUGGAAAGUUAUCAAAUCAUUGGCGGGAUUAGUUGAUAACAAAGAUGAGCGCGGUGUAACAGCCAGGUUAUCUGGGGCCAUAUUUUACUGUAACGGAUUGUUGUCAUUAAUAUUAUCUUGGAGACUAAUAUCCUCUUGGAAGUGGCUGUCGACGCGAUGGGAGAAAAUAGAGACAACGUCCACUUUACAUAUCGAGUGUGAUCGUAACAUUCGAAGGAGAAUUAUGUUCGUGACAAACCUUGUUGGUAUUUGUGCUUGCAUUGAGCACAUGUUAAGUAUGAUGUCGGCGACUGGUUUCGAGAUACCUCCGGAAAAAUAUUUUGAGAAAUACAUUUUGAGUUCUCAUGGAUUUUUGAUAGAUUACGAUGACUACACUUUAUGGCUAGCCAUCCCAGUGUUUAUGCUCAGUAAAUCUGCGACCAUUUUGUGGAACUUCCAAGAUCUUAUCAUCAUCUUGUUAAGCAUGGGACUGACGUCGAGGUACCAUCGCUUGAAUGUAUAUGUUAAAAAUCUAGUGAAACGCAGCAGGAAUGAGAAAAAGUUCGUAUCAGAAAUAAACACACAAAUGCAAGAAUGGCGGAAGCUUCGAGAGGAAUAUGUACGUCAAGCAGCCCUAGUACGGAUGGUCGAUAAAGAGCUGGGACCACUCAUGCUACUGUCCAAUAUCAAUAAUUUCUAUUUCAUUUGCCUGCAAUUGUUCCUUGGAAUCAAUAAAGGUGAAAAAGGUAUAAUCAACCGUACUUACUACUUUCUGUCACUUGGUUGGCUGCUGUUCAGAGCAUGCAGCGUAGUGCUUGCAGCUGCUGAUGUCCACCUCCAUUCGAAGAAGGCACUAAGCUAUUUAAAUGUUCUUCCAAAGUCAGGAUAUAAUGUAGAGAUAAAGAGACUUAAAAAUCAAUUAGCCCACGAUUUCGUUGCGCUGACUGGAAUGGGUUUGUUUUCAUUGGACAGACAAAAAUUAUUAGAGGUCACGGCUAAUAUAAUAAAGUACGAGUUAGUAUUGAUACAGUUUGAUAAAUAAAAUUCUCAGUAACUUUUCUUACGACUGAUUGUGAAAUGUCAAGUGUCGAAAGCUACAUUGCAACACGAACAAGUUGAUUCACUAGAGGAGUACAAUAAAAUUUAUAAGAAUUUUAUAUAACAUAGUUAAAUAUGAAAUAGGUGCAUAAUUUUUAGUGGUAGUUUUAUGUGGAACUUG